GAGGGAGAUUACCGAGGCUGAGAGCAUAAGAGCGGGAGCUCUGGAGCGCUUCCGGUCGGAGCGCUUUGGAUCCGGGGUACACCCAAAGUCUCAGCCAUAGAGAUGGUCCCGUUUAUGGAACUUCCGGUUUACUUUCGGAGAAUCCUACCUGCCUUUCUCUUUCUCUCCAGAAAGGAAGGGAAGAAAAGAGAAUAAGGCGGCUGGCCUCGAAAAGCGGGUGGGCCUCGACCCUCAGCCGCUCCUGAAUUCUACGCCCUCGCCGGAGUAGAAGAAUACAUGUUCGUUUAUAGCACAGAAGAGCAUGUUCCCAAAUUCUUCCACUUUGAGUCGUCCACCUUUUCCACUAGAACACCAACGAUAUAAUCUCUUCAUUAAUCUUCCAGUAAACGUACCUCCAGUUGUCUUUCAUCAGCCACUUCAGAGAACAACUCUCGUGAAUGGUAGUCUUUCAACCAUCCCUCCUAUUUCACCACCACACUUUGCCUGCCAAAAUGAUAAUCCAUCGCAUGGAUCACCUACACCUAUGUUAUUCCGGCGCAGAAAGAGGUUGAAAGAAGAGGAUGUUCCUUAUGAAGUAAAGCGUCAGCGAUUUCAUUCACCUCAUCGUGAAUUAACUUCAGCUAACCAAUUGGUGCCUUUAAUAGAAGAUCAUAGAUAUUCAUUCCCUGAAUCACCAUUAUUUCAAACACAUUACAUCUCAGAUUUAACAGGAUGUGUGCCACCUUUACAAGAACCUUCCUUUAAUAAUGCUAUAGAAGCUACACUUCCUGUAGCCAAAGAUAAGUUAAGUCAGCAAGUACUGGAGUUAUUUCAAGCAUGUCAACAACAAACCUACGACUUGAACAAAAAAGAGCUUUGCCGUACUCAACUCCAAAGGGAAAUUCAGCAGAUCUUUCCAAAUAGUAGACUCUUUUUGGUUGGAUCUUCACUGAAUGGAUUUGGUACUCGUAGCAGUGAUGGUGAUUUGUGCCUAGUGGUUAAAGAGGAGCCAAUGAAUCAGAAGACUGAAGCAAGACACAUACUCAGUGUACUCCAAAAACACUUCUGUAGGAAGCUUUCAAGCUACAUUGAGAGACCUCAACUGAUCCGAGCAAAAGUGCCAAUAGUAAAGUUCAGGGAUAAAGUCAGCUGUAUGGAUUUUGACUUGAAUGUAAACAAUGUUGCAGGAAUAAGAAAUACAUUCCUUCUGAGAACCUAUGCAUUCAUUGAGAACCGAGUACGUCCAUUAGCGCUGGUUGUAAAGAAAUGGGCAAGCUUUCAUGGUAUAAAUGAUGCCAGCCGAGGCACUUUAAACAGCUAUAGUCUUGUGUUGAUGGUUUUGCACUAUUUACAAACCCUACCUGAACCUAUCCUUCCAUCCCUCCAAAAAAAUUACCCAGUGCCUGGAAAUGACCAGAUGCCAGAGCACCUGGGAGCAAAGCACAGAGGAAGCAGAAUCAAAGGUAAGGGACUUGCUGCAUCAGAUGCUAUGUGGGACACUUUGGGGAGUUGCAAAUGCCAGAUUAGGUAAAGGCUGGAAUACUGUAACCCAUUAGAUAAAUUUAGUUUUCAUUGUCCAUAAUCUGGCAAGAAUCCUGAAUAAUCAGUGCUUAUUUAAAUGAUUUGGCCUUGUAUGUGGUUUUUUUGUUUUGUUUAUAUUUUCUCCUUAAUGCAUUCAUUGACAUUUCCUGGGAUAGUUUUCAUAUUGCUCCAUUUUUUAGGACAAACAAUUACAGUUGUUUUUUUUAAAGCUUUAAAAUUGUAAGGCACCCAGAGUUACUCUGGGGUAAGAUGGACAGCCAAUAAAUUAAAUAAUAAUAAAAUAAAUAAGCUUGACUGAGUCAUUUUGCAUUAAUAACUAUAGAAAUUCCCGUUGUCUCUGUAGUACUCACUGUAUGCUCCUGUGUUAGUCAACAUAACUAGAUUAGAAUAUCUGUGUUUUCAGCUACAAAAAGAAGGAAUGAAUCAUGUAUUUCGGCCAAGGGCUGGAUAUUGCCUUUUUCUUUUUUAACAAAAUAGCAUUUUUACAUACUCAAAAUUACACAAGCAUAAUAGUAAUUUGGAGAGGUUUUUAGCUGCUGCACUGUUAUGAACUACAGGGAUCUUUGAAAAAGAGUUAAGUACUGCAGGCAAGAGUGAAAUGGUCCAUUCAACCAAUUUGAAGUUAUCUGUUUAGAUCAGCCCAAUUUGGGCAUUCAGAAGGGGAUUUCCCUGUGAGCAUUCCCAGGAAUAUCCCUUAUCUUCCCCACAUCAAUAUUACUCAAACUACAUUAACUCUUUCCAUUUACAUACAAUACAUAAGAUAGAUUUCUUGAGGCAGGCUUGUGUGUGAUUGUUCUUGCCCACAUGGAAGUCAGUCACCUGAAAACUGAAUAGAGCUGCAUAUUUCUGGUUUCUGAUGUCUUCAGGAUGAAUUCCUGUUUGAUGAACAGAAGUACAGUGAUUUAGUAUAAGGGUAAGAUGGUUUAAGGAGGAGGGAUUUAGAUGCAUUGAACUAGAUUAUAGAAGAUUAGAGUGUCAGAGGACACUUGGAGGGCCAUUUCAGGGAAAAGAAGGUUGAAAGUGUCAGUUUCAUCUUUUGGUUGGGGGAAUCUUGACUUAAACUGGUAAACACCAAAUUUAUAUGUCCCAAAAGUGUUUUUCCAGGAGGCAACUGGCCUUUGUUUUUUUCCUUUGAAGGUGUUUCACUUUUCAUCCAAGAAGCUUUUUCAGCUCUGACAGGAUAGUGGGGAAUGGAAUAGCUGAGAAAGCUUUUUGGAACUUUUGGGACAACUGUGACAUGGAUGACUGAGAAUCUCUACAGACUUUUACCAAAUUUAUAAGGACAAGACCAUGCCUAGCUGUGACUUUGAGAGGAUGAGUAGGACCUGGUUUUGUUACCAGGACCUGAUUGGGCAGCUAAUAUUGCUAAGAACUGCACUCAUGGAUUUCAGAUUAAUAGCAGUGGGAAGUGGAGAUGCUGUGGUUGACUUUCAAAGACAUGUUAUUUGUCGCCAGGGAUUCUGCUGCUAAUGUGUUUAAUUGAGCCAUGCCUUUAUGUUAAUUUAGGAUUUUGUUUAGCUAUAAUUUAUCUACAUAUAGCUAAACUAGAGCUAUAUAGGGUUAGUCAAUAUGUUGAUUUAGGUAUAAUUUAGGAUGCCUGUAUAUUGAUUUAGACAAUGGGGACAAUCUAGGGAUUGUGUUGUUACGCUUAUUACCUUGCUAUGUGGGGUAGCUUCAUGGGCUCUGGACUUGAUGCCAAUACUAGAUUUGGCAUUCUCUUAUUUGCUACUGCUGGGAAAUUCCAGUUUUCCUAUACUGAGGAUUGGAUCCAAGAGAGUCCAGUUUUUAUAAUAAUCAUGAGCUUAUCUCAAACUACAAGUUAACCUGACAUGCAUAUAUACUUAUUUAUAUACUUCUGUCUUAUAUUUGUGUUGAAUCAGAUUUAUUUUGUUGUGUUAAAUCUAGAGAAAAAGCAGAUCUGAGUCUAAAACAUGAGUUAUUUCUAUCAGAUGAAAUUUCUGAUUAAGUUCUAUGAAUUGUCACAUAAAUUAUCUCUUCCCCUGUUUUGUAUGAGUGCAUUUUUAGAAGUUACACAAUUGUGAGUCUUUUGCGGUUAUGGCUUUAUGUUAUAACUAACCCCCCCCUCUGCCCCCUGCUUAUCAAGUAAAAUGUUCUUAAUUUGAUUGUAUUGUAUGCUUCCUUUGGAUAGGCAUUUAACUAAAUGCAUUUUGCAUUUGCAUUUUAGAAAAUUAGAAAUGAAGGCAAAUUUAUAUUCAAGCAUGGCUAAUUGCUGGCAUGAUUAGUUCUAUGUCAGAACUCACAGGGUGAAUUUGAGUAGUAAUUCCCUCAGUGCAGCCCAUGUUACUGUUUCAUUAUGGAAAUAAAAGGUGAUAGCUGCACUUACACAACCCUUAGGUUUGGAAGUGGUACAGUGCAAUAUAAUACAAAAAAAUUACCAUUUCCCUACACUUACUUGACUUGUAUUUUAUAACAAUCUUGAGCAUCUAAAGAGCACUUCUUACUAUACCCGUUUCUCAAAAUGGCAAGGUAAAUUCUUCUGAAUCCUACUAGAAGUGUUUAAAAGAAAAUAUUCCUCUCAUCAUCACAUAGCAACCUGCAUCAUUUAUAAAUUUGGAGAUUCAUAAAAUGGUCUAUUUAAUUCUUCUGAAACUGACAUAAUUUAUAUCUCUGACUUACAUAAUCUAAGUGAGUAGUUCUUUUUUAUACACUGUUCUAACAAUUUUCUCUGAGGAGCCUCAGUUACACUAUUUUGUGGGGCAAUUUAGAAAUGGGAUUAUUUGCAUUUUUUUAGAAUGCAAACUGGCACAAAAUGCAAGGAGACUCAUGGAGGUUUCCUGUAUAUAUUAAAGGAGAUUUAUUUUUCCAGCCACCACAGUAGAAGAAACUGUUCAGCUUUCACUUUCUGCUGCUCUUAUCUUGAUAAUUAUCACCUUUAAGAACAGCUGCUGUAUCCAUUGUUUAUAUAUGUGUGUGUGCGUUUGUUUGUGUAUGUA